GCUGCCUUUGAGGAGGAGGCGGAGGAGACCGACCGUGUUAGGAAGAUGAUCCAUAUAAUUACGAAGACCUACUUUCUGCACAGAAAUGAGGAAAAUACAAUAUAGUUCUGCUAAAAUUGAAGAUCCGUGUUUUUGUGGAAUGUUUUCAGAAUGAGAAAUACAUCUGGUUACCUUGGUGAACGUAGAAGGAUGAGAAGAGCUUUAUGAUGGCAAAAAACAAAGAACCUCGUCCUCCAUCCUAUGCUAUCAGUGUAGUAGGCUUAUCUGGGACUGAAAAGGACAAAGGUAACUGUGGCGUUGGAAAGUCAUGUUUGUGCAAUAGAUUUGUGCGUUCCAAAGCAGAUGAAUAUUAUCCUGAGCAUACCUCUGUGCUUAGUACAAUUGACUUUGGAGGACGAGUAGUCAACAAUGAUCACUUUUUGUACUGGGGUGACGUAACACAAAGUGGUGAAGAUGGAAUAGAAUGUAAAAUCCAUGUCAUUGAACAAACUGAGUUCAUUGAUGAUCAGACUUUCUUGCCUCAUCGGAGUACGAAUUUGCAACCAUAUAUAAAACGUGCAGCUGCAUCCAAAUUGCAGUCUGCAGAAAAACUGAUGUACAUUUGCACUGAUCAGUUAGGCUUGGAGCAAGACUUUGAUCAGAAACAAAUGCCUGAAGGGAAACUCAGUGUAGAUGGGUUUUUAUUAUGCAUUGAUGUAAGUCAGGGAUGCAAUAGGAAGUUUGAUGAUCAACUUAAGUUUGUAAAUAACUUAUAUAUACAGCUGUCAAAAUCAAAAAAACCUAUAAUAAUAGCAGCAACUAAAUGUGAUGAAUGUGUAGAUCAUUAUCUUCGAGAGGUUCAGGCAUUUGCUUCAAACAAAAAGAACCUCAUUGUGGUAGAAACUUCAGCACGAUUUAAUGUCAACGUUGAGACAUGUUUCACUGCACUGGUACAAAUGUUAGAUAAAACCCGUGGCAAACCUAAAAUUAUUCCCUAUCUGGAUGCUUAUAAAACACAGAGACAACUUGUUGUCACAGCAACAGAUAAAUUUGAAAAACUUGUGCAAACUGUGAGAGAUUAUCAUGCAACUUGGAAAACUGUUAGUAAUAAAUUAAAAAAUCAUCCUGAUUAUGAAGAGUAUAUAAACUUAGAGGGAACACGAAAGGCCAGGAAUACAUUUUCAAAACACAUAGAACAACUCAAACAAGAACAUAUAAGAAAAAGAAGAGAAGAAUAUAUCAAUACGCUGCCUAGAGCUUUUAACACUCUUCUGCCAAAUCUUGAAGAGAUUGAACAUUUGACUUGGUCAGAAGCCCUAAAAUUAAUGGAGACACGAACUGAAUUCCCACUGUGUUUUGUGGUGCUAGAAAAAACACCUUGGGAUGAAACUGACCACAUAGACAAAGUGAAUGAUAGGCGAAUUCCAUUUGACCUCCUUAGCACUUUGGAAGCUGAAAAAGUCUACCAGAAUCAUGUACAGCAUCUAAUAUCUGAGAAGAGGAGGGUGGAAAUGAAGGAAAAAUUCAAGAAAACUCUGGAAAAAAUUCAGUUCAUUUCACCUGGACAACCCUGGGAAGAAGUUAUGUGUUUUGUAAUGGAGGAUGAAGCCUUUAAAUACAUAACUGAGGCUGAUAGCAAAGAGGUAUAUAGUAGGCAUCAGCGAGAAAUAGUUGAGAAAGCCAAAGAGGAGUUUCAGGAAAUGCUUUUUGAACAUUCUGAACUUUUUUAUGACCUGGAUCUUAAUGCAACACCCAGUUCAGAUAAAAUGAGUGAAAUUCACACAGUUUUAAGUGAAGAACCCAGAUAUAAAGCUUUACAGAAACUUGCACCUGAUCGAGAGUCCCUUCUACUUAAACAUAUAGGGUUUGUUUAUCAUCCCACUAAAGAAACCUGCCUUAGUGGUCAGAAUUGCAUGGACCUUAAAGUAGAGCAACUGCUUGCUAACAGUCUUUUACAAUUGGAUCAUGGUCGUUUACGCUUGUACCAUGAUAGUGCCAACAUAGAUAAAGUUAAUCUUUUUAUUUUGGGAAAGGAUGGCCUUGCACAGGAACUAGCAAAUGAGAUAAGGACACAGUCUACUGAUGAUGAGUAUGCCUUAGAUGGAAAAAUAUAUGAACUAGACCUUCGACCAGUGGAUUCCAAGUCGCCUUACCUUUUGAGUCAGUUAUGGAAUGCUGCCUUUAAGCCACAUGGAUGCUUCUGUGUGUUUAACUCUAUUGAAUCACUUAGUUUUAUUGGGGACUUUAUUGGAAAAAUAAGAACUGAAGCUUCACAGAUUAGGAGAGAUAAAUAUAUGGCUAACCUUCCAUUUACGUUAAUAUUGGCUAAUCAGAGGGACAGUGUUAGCAAAAAUUUACCUAUUCUCAGACAUCAAGGGCAGCAGUUGGCAAACAAGCUACAGUGUCCUUUUGUAGAUGUACCUGCUGGUACAUACCCUCGUAAAUUUAAUGAGACUCAAAUAAAACAAGCUCUUAGGGGAGUAUUGGAAUCAGUUAAACGCAAUUUGGAUGUGGUAAGCCCUGUUCCCACCAACAAAGAUAUAUCAGAAGCUGACCUGAGAAUUGUUAUGUGUGCCAUGUGUGGUGAUCCAUUUAGUGUGGAUCUUAUUCUUUCACCAUUUCUUGACUCUCAUGCUUGUAGUGCUGCUCAAGCUGGACAGAAUAACUCUUUGAUGCUUGAUAAAAUCAUUGGUGAAAAAAGAAGACGAAUACAGAUUACAAUAUUGUCUUAUCAUUCUUCAAUUGGGGUAAGGAAAGAUGAACUGGUCCAUGGAUAUAUAUUAGUUUACUCUGCCAAAAGGAAAGCAUCCAUGGGAAUGCUCCGAGCAUUUCUUUCAGAAGUUCAGGAUACUAUUCCAGUACAGUUGGUGGCAGUUACUGACAGCCAGGCAGAUUUUUUUGAGAAUGAGGCUAUUAAGGAGUUGAUGACUGAAGGAGAACACAUAGCAACUGAGAUUACUGCUAAAUUUACGGCAUUGUAUUCUUUAUCUCAGUAUCACCGGCAAACUGAGGUUUUUACAUUGUUCUUCAGUGAUGUUUUAGAGAAAAAAAUUUUGAUAGAGAAUUCCUAUUUGUCUGACAGUACCAGAGAGUCAACACAUCAUAAUGAGGAUGUUUUCCUUCCAUCUCCCAGAGAGUGUUCUUUUUCCUAUACUGGCUAUAUUGAUUCAGAAGAUGAUACUGAAGCACCACCACCUUAUAGUCCAAUUGGGGAUGAUGUUCAGUUGCUUCCAACACCUAGUGACCGUUCCAAGUAUCGUUUAGAUUUAGAAGGAAAUGAAUACCCAAUUCAUAGUACCCCAAAUUGCCAUGAUCAUGAACGAAAUCAUAAAGUGCCUCCACCAAUAAAACCCAAACCAGUUGUACCUAAGACAAAUGUAAAAAAAUUGGAUCCAAAUCUUUUAAAGACAAUUGAAGCUGGAAUUGGUAAAAACCCAAGAAAACAAACCUCUCGAGUUCCUUUGGCACAUCCUGAAGAUAUGGAUUCCUCAGAUAACUACGCAGAACCUAUUGACAGCGUUUUUAAACAUAAGUGCUAUUCUGAUGAGAUCUAUGUUGUCCCAGAUGACAGUCAGAAUCGCAUUAUUAAAGUUAGAAACUCAUUUGUAAAUAAUGCCCAGGGAGAUGAAGAAAAUGGAUUUUCUGAUAGAACAUCAAAGAGUCAUGGGGAACGGAGGCCUUCAAAAUACAAAUACAAGUCAAAGACAUUAUUCAGCAAAGCCAAAUCUUACUAUAGGAGAACACAUUCAGAUGCAAGUGAUGAUGAGGCCUUUACCACUUCUAAAACAAAAAGAAAAGGAAGGCAUCGAGGAAGCGAGGAAGAUCCACUCCUUUCUCCUGUGGAAACCUGGAAGGGUGGCAUUGAUAACCCUGCUAUUACUUCAGAUCAGGAAUUGGAUGAUAAAAAAAUGAAGAAGAAAACACACAAAGUAAAGGAAGAUAAAAAGCAGAAAAAGAAAACUAAGACUUUCAAUCCACCAACCCGUAGGAAUUGGGAAAGUAAUUACUUUGGGAUGCCCCUACAGGAUCUGGUUUCACCUGAGAAGCCUAUACCACUGUUCGUUGAAAAAUGUGUGAACUUUAUUGAAGAUACAGGACUUUGUACUGAAGGCCUCUAUCGUGUUAGUGGGAACAAAACUGAUCAAGACAACAUUCAAAAGCAAUUUGAUCAAGAUCAUAAUAUUAAUCUGGUAUCAAUGGAAGUGACAGUAAAUGCUGUUGCUGGAGCACUUAAAGCUUUCUUUGCUGAUUUGCCAGAUCCUUUAAUUCCAUAUUCUCUUCAUCCAGAGCUAUUAGAAGCCUCAAAAAUCCUGGAUAAGACAGAACGACUUAAUGCUUUGAAAGAGAUUUUGAAGAAAUUCCAUCCUGUUAACUAUGAUGUAUUCAAAUAUGUAAUAACACAUCUAAACAGGGUUAGUCAGCAAAAUAAAAUCAACCUUAUGACAGCAGACAACUUAUCCAUCUGUUUCUGGCCAACUCUGAUGAGACCUGAUUUUGAAAAUCGAGAGUUUCUGUCCACCACUAAAAUCCAUCAGUCUGUUGUAGAAACUUUUAUUCAGCAGUGUCAGUUUUUCUUUUACAAUGGAGAAAUUGUAGAAACUGCUAAUUCUGUGGCAUCUCAGCCACCUCCUUCAAAUACUGGACAGUUGGUGGAACCAAUGGUACCACUUCAGUUACCACCACCAUUGCAGCCUCAGCUAAUACAACCACAAUUACAAGCAGAUCCUCUUGGUAUUAUAUAAGUAGGAGAUGAUUGCAGGCAGCCUGGCAUUGAAAAGAAAACAAGCAAAGCUAGACAUGCAUGUUUCAGGGUACAAUAGUGUAUUUCACAUUUCUGACAAAUAAUUCAUGUUCAUACUGAGGGAACAUCUUUCUCUUAUAACUGUAUCAUAUUCCUUCUUCAUUUCCACUGCAGAUCAAGACCAUGUGAUAAGCAUGACUGGAGAGGUUUAAUUUUUUUAAACAAAAAUAACUAUAAAGUACAAAGCUACUGCUGCUGCAUGUAAUCUUAUUGCAAUCACUAUAUCAUUCCUUUGGCAAUUUCUGCCUCAAUAUAUUGUGAAUAAAAUUUUUCUAUAGAAAUUAAAUGAUUUAAAAACUCACAUUUAUGAAACAUUCAGUGCUUUUCAGCCUGCUUUAUGGCUGCUUUUUCUUUUAAUUUCAUGUGAUAUUUGGGCAACUUAAUUUCCAUUCAAACAUUAAAGCCCAGCUAUAGUUAUUUUAUAACGUCAAGUUACUUACAUCAAGCUUGGGGCAGUGUUGGAAAGAAGGAAAAAGUGCACUGUUGAAAUAUAUUACGUUCCUGCACCUUCCAUCUUCUGAGUAAACCUGUGGACAAUUCGAUGAGGGGUAGGGUAAACAUAGUUUUUAUUUCUUGUAGCACAAUACCAAGGACAUGCUUGUGGCAAAAGUGAAUUUAGAAUAUUGUGCAAAAAAAAUCAGAUGUCAUCUACUUAUUUCCUUAUGUUCCAUUAAUGAGAUAAACAUUUUGUAUCCUGUUAAUUCUGUAAACAAAUGCAUGUUUAAAAGAUCAUGGAUGGUCUUGUAAACUUAAUCUAAUAUAUUUUAGAUAUUUUAAUUUUUUCCCUCUUGGGGAAUACAUUUAGUGUGUAGAAAAUAGCUCAUGACAUUUUCAUAUAAGGUUAUGUAACUUUUCAUACAUAAGCAUAAAAUUUGUUGUAGUAAAAUUCUUUAAACCAAACAAUGUUUUAAUCUAGGACAUGAAUUUAAUCUGUUCUUUAAAAUCUAUUUUUAUGUGGCCCUUUAAAUAUAUACAAAAAUCCAUUGCUAAUAUAGCAAUAAAUACUUUGGGUACUGACUGCCUCUUUGGAGUGUAUAUAUAAAAUUACAAACUUGUAUUCAUAUUCUUUUCUGUGGUAUGUUGUACUAAAAUUUCAAAAUUACUUUUGCACCAUUUUUAUACAUUUUUUUCUUUGAUGUUGGUACCAAUUUUGCUGUAAAACAAUGCUGCUUUUUUCAUUUUAAAUAUUUUAUUAGUGAUAAUGCAACUUACAAAGUGAUAAAUUAUGGAUAAAUUUUCAGAAUUAGGCGGCUGUAAACUUUUUUGUUAGGCUUUUCUCGAGUUCUAUGAACACUAUGCCAUUUUUGUCUGGAAAGGAAAGAAUUCGGUUUGUUUUCAGCUGCUAGGGUACGUUUUUUGUGGUAAAAGAAAAGCUAUUUGGUUGUUGUAUUCUUCAUUCAUGAUGAAAUUUUAAGAUCGUCCUAUGUAUUAUAUAGUAAAUAGAUGAUUUUGAGAUUUAAAGUUCUUAAGAGUUUGAUUUGCUCCCUUUUCCUAAAAUAAAAAUUGCCUUUCCCAACUGUUAUGUCCUAGGUAUUGUACUUCUAAUUUUAACUUGGAUUAAUCAUUCUGAAUCAAGAUGUUGACAUGAACCAGGCUGCUGUUGAAGUACAUGUAUAUUAUAAAUUAUCUUAUGUGUUAUAUUCUUGCAAGUUAUUAUCUUUUCUAAGAAAACAAAAGCCCUAUUAUUCCUAUUGCAAAGCACACAGGAAUUGAGAAAGUACAAUAAUUUAAAAAACUGUCCAGUAAAUGUAGUAUUCUUAACUUGUUCUAUAUUACUUAUACCUGUUGUCUAUAUAGCUUUAAUUUAUAGCUGUCAGUUUAACAUUGGCAUGGAUAGCAAAAAAAAUUAAACUUUAAGAGUUUUAUAAACUGUUUCUAGGUUGCUAAAGAAUUUAUUUUUCUACUAUAUAUGGUAUAGACAAAGCAUCAAACUAUGUACAGGAAAAAAGCCUGACUAUUUCUUUUGGAAGUAGGCUAAAAGGAAAUUUUUCAACUGUCCAUAUCUUCAUAUUUAGUCUAAUAUAACUUCCUACUGUGAUGUGAAUCUCACUUUAUACUAUUUCUGUUUUUUGCUAUACUAGUAUAUAUAGUAAGCUAUGAUAAUUUAAAUUUCAUCUGCAUACAGUACCAUUUUUGUUAUGUUACAACUAGCAUUUACCAUUUUCCACAUUAACCACAUAAUACAGCUCUGAAAAAUUGACAUUAAUUUUUUCUUUUUAUUCUAUCAUAGACAUGACACUCACAGUGAGUCCAUCUAAAUACUCCCAUAGUUGGCCCAAUUAGCAAGUUUCACUAACAUUGAUUGAAAAUUAAGUAGCUACUUAAAACAAUAUAUAACUCUGAAUUACUUAUAUUGUUUUUGUCCAGAGCUUAGUUUUAUGUUUUAAGUAUUGAAAAGGUAUUUUAAGUAUUUGCUUUCCUCUGGAACAGCUGGAAGGCAAGGGGCAUAUUAUUAUAUGAAACGUUAGAAGAUUAAAAGAAGGGACUAAAUAAUCUCAUAUAUUUCAUCAGUAUCCAAAUUGGUGGGGGAAAGGAGCGUCACAAUGGACUUUUAACAAUUAAAUUUUAAGGAAAGUAAUGAAUAAAUUCACAAGAUAUAUGAAUUGCCAUUAUUUUCAUUAAUGCUUCCUAUGUCUAAUUGUUACACUAUUGGGCUUCAAGAGCCAUAUCUAGAUUAAGAUACAUAGGCUUAUUGCUACUCUGAUUUAUGCAUUCAGUAGAUAUAUCCAUUUGGGAAUCAAAUUAUAUGCCUUCAAGGUGAUUUAUAAUUAAUUUCUUUUUUAGAAAUAAAAUUCAUUUAAAAAUAAUUAGUCCAGGUACAGUGGAUUUUGGUUUUAAAUGGUAUUUGUUAAUAGUUUUGAACAUUUGUAAUGUAAAUACUGUAGGUGACAGCAGUCUGAUUUAGGUGAAAAGCAGCUUUUAUUUUCCAUCCUGUAUGUAAAUAAUGUGGACUUGCCUUUCCAUCUGAGGUACUGGAAUAUAAUUUCUAAUAUCUCUAAACUAUAAACAGAAGGAAACAAUUGGAAUAAGAACCUAGGCCUUAGCUUCCAUGGUGAUUUUAGUUUUUUUAUACAGUAAUAAUUGUGAUGCUAUUUGUCAACUGGAUAUAAAUAUAUAUAUAAUUUUAAAAAGUCAAAAGCGCUUUCUUUGUUUUUAAUUAAUGUAAUCAUGUGCUUCACCACCAACAGGAUGCUGCAGUGAAUAAAAUAUCAGUGAAGCUUAUUCUGUAUAAAGAAUGCUAAGAAUAAAA